CUUGGCUGACCAACUGUGAUCUGCGAAAUGUUUACAAACCCAACCACAACCUCACAGUUCUUGAGCAGCCUAGCAAUUAACUCGAAAUAGCUGUUUUAAUAGCAAUAAAAGGGUGAUUUGGCGUUAAAAUGCAUCAAAACUGUGCCGAUAAACCACUUGAGGUGAAUCCCGAGAAUGCGAGCCGGGAAAUCACCUGGUAUCGCAGGGAGCUAAACAAAUCGCCGCCAGUUAACGACACCACAGACUGCACGUUCAUCAUCAAUGGUGAAGAAAUUCGAGUCCAUAAAGGCAUCCUAAUUUGGCACAGUCCCGUUUUCAAGAAAAUGUUUUCUGGGGAAAUGGCGUCCGAUACGAUUGGUAUCAGUGAUAUCGCCGUUGAGGAUUUCACCCAAAUGUUGGAAUUUCUUUAUAGGAAAACCGUGGUCAUUAAGUCAGUAUUACACGCCUGGUCAUUGUUUUACAUUGCUCAUAAGUAUUUGUUAGAUUGUUUUGCAAGUUCCUGUACUAGAUUUAUAGAGGAAAAUCUCGAUAUUACGAAUUUAAUGUUAAGUUAUGAAUAUGCGGAGAUGUACGGUCACGUGCAGCUCCAGAAAGUUUGCUUGGAAGAUAUAGAAAGUUACAUUAGAGGAAUUUUUUUGGAAGAUUACGAUUAUCACAUGAAACCCACAAGCCUUGCCACAAUCUUGAAAAGACAGGUUUUGAAUGUUUUAAACAAUAAUGAACUGAUUUUGGGGGUUUUAAACUGGGCUGUUACUGAAUGUGAUUUGAAAAAUAUUAGUUUAUCGCCUGAAAAUAUUGUAGGUUUGUUAGAAUCGUUACAAGUUUUUGAGUAUUUAACCAAUCUGGAUUUUAACACUGAUUCCAGUGAAAACGAUCUAAUUGCCAAUUGUUCUCGUCUAAUAAAGUUAAAAAAUACCAAACCUUAUAGAAAGUAUUCACAAAAACGUUCAAGUUUCCAUUGCAAAUGUCGAGAUACAUACAAAAUAGCCACUAGAGUAGAGUUAAGAGAACGAGUUUAUUUAUAUUCACACAUCAACGUCAAUAGAGACACUUUACUCUACGGCUUAGUAUUAGUGACGGAAGAUAGGCCCAUAAAUGAUAUGAAUAAUGAGUACAAGGGCGAGAUUUCUGUACACAUAAGUGAAUAUCAGAAUCCUGUGAUUAUUUGUGAAACCAGAUUUUGUGAUAUUAUGCGCUAUGAGGACCUGGUUUAUGUUCCUUUAUCCAACGUUAUUUACUUAGAAUCUGAUAAAAUUUACACGAUUAGAGUCGAGUAUAAAAAUUUUGAUAGGUGGUAUUCUGGCAACAAAUUGGGCUCAGUUGUGUGCAAUUACAUGAGCAGUAAAUUAGUUGAUAAGAAAAAGAAGACUAUUUUUUUGUUCAGAGAAUUGACCGGAUCUGUGUUAAAGGGACUCUCCUUUUAUCCAGUCUAAAAUUAAAUUGUGAUAAAAUCACAAAACAAUAAACUCUAACUUUAUUUAAAUUGUCUGAAUAGUGUCUUCCACCUGUUCGGUUAAUAUUUACAAUAAAAAUAAAAAAACAGUAUUAUAGUGUUUUUUCGUCUGUUUAUUAGACACACAAAAUUUAUUAUAAACAACAAAAACACUAAGUUGGUUUAUUUUUGUGAAGCUCAAAUAGAACCAGAAGACCUGAAUUUAUUUUGUUAAUAAAAAGAAGUUAAUCACGAUUUACAUUUAACUUUUUAGAAUUUUUGUUUAUUGAGACCCAUUUAAUUGAUGUUUGAUAAAUGUUAUAAAUUAUUAUUAGUGAUAUAAGUGAUAUAAAAGCAUCUGUUUAUUUAGGGGAUUGUUUUAAGGGGCACUUUUGUUUUGGUUAAGUUGGAAUAAAAGCUUUAAUAAAUUAUAAAUCUACAAAAAAAUACUUAUUUAAUUGACUAGUUUGGCGAUAUUGAAAUGUACAAUACAAAAAAAUUAAGUAGAUGAAAGAAUUCUUAUGUUGUCUGCAUUGUUAAUAAAGUGUUUUGUGUAA